AUGGAGCCUCAUUCGCGUCCUGACUUGUUCCGUAAUAGCACGUUGCGCCUUCCACAGGCUCCCCUCGCUGCCUCACCUGGUAGCCCAGUGACACAGACCGCUUCAGACCUUAAUCCCUGGUACGACCAGAGUAUAAAGCAAUCCGCUCAUCGUCUGCUCCAGCUUCUCAAUCCAUUCGUAGUUAGUGGAGGGCGGUUGACUCUGACUUUUGUGGGCAUGCUCCAACUGACAGCACUGUGUGGAUUUGGAUCCGUGCUUUGGUAUCGGAGCAAAGGGAAGGGGAAAGGGAAUGCCAUCAACACGCAAGAUGCAUCUGAUACCGCGGCUGAUGAGGCUGCUACGACUGAUUCAGGCCUACUGAAGAAGUAUUCCACUGUUCGCUCGUACACCGUCCCUUCCACUGGCUUCAUCUAUCCCAGGCUUCGGACCUUUUAUCGCCCACAUCAUCAGGAGGACAAACUCCCCAAGGAUCCGUACCCAGUUCCACUAUUGGUGUUCAUCCAUGGUCUCGGAGGUUCUAUCGCUCAAUUUAGUCCUAUCCUCACCAGCCUUUCCAACCUUGCUCCAUGCUUGGCCGUAGAUCUCCCUGGAUGCGGCGUGUCGAGCUUCGAGCCAAAAGCAUGGGACGCCUACACUACGGAAGCUCUUGUAAAGCUUCUUGCCGUCAUUAUCAAUUCUUAUCGUGCAGCGGAUAGCAGACAGUCUGUCGUUCUCGUCGGCCACAGUAUGGGGUGUUCACUGGCCGCACUCCUAGCUUCUCCGUCCUCGCCAUAUGCACAUCUCUUAUCGCAACAUGUUAGCGGGUUGAUUGCUAUAUGUCCUAAGGCAGAGCCUCCCACUGAGAAAGAAGUCAAAAAGCUGCGAUCCGUCACAUUUACACCCGUUGUUCUCUUCGAUCUGAUUAGACUUUGGGAUAGGAGAGGCGGUGUCAACAGCAAGAGCGUUCUACGCAUGGUAGGAGUGGACGCUGACGAAGAAACGAAGAAACUGCAGUUGCGCUUUAACAAGCAGAGUCGAAGUUCGGUGUGGUUGAGGAUGGCACGCGGCAUGUGCCCUGAUUACUCAAGCGGCUCGCCGAAAGGGGGUCUUCCUGGUAAAGAGGUGUGGAAGGGACUGAACAUUCCGGUAUUCCUCGCCGCUGGUGAGACAGAUAUGGUCACUCCUGCGUCAAAUGUCAAACAAAUCGUCGGGUUUCUGGGAAGAGAUGUCAGCGCAAUCCUACCACCAAGCGAGAAGGCAAGCUUGCCCAUUGCAGCAGCUCCGUUCGUGCCUUCAGCGAUCCUUCCCGACGAGCCAAAGCGGACAGAGCACCAGGAUUCUGGUAUUGAUGCAACAGAUCUACCCAAACUCGAAGAUGAUACCAAGACCAUCGAAUCAACUUCAGUAUUCACCACCAAUGGGAGUCUUAUAUCUGCAGAGGAGAAUACAACAGAAGGGAGCAUGACUACAGCUGACGGACCAAUGCUUUCCAAUACUACAACUCCGUCUUCACACAUUCCCUCGCCUCAUCCGCGUCGACUGGUGGUCAAGACUGCAAUAAUGCCCAGACCUGCUGCGCAUUCCCUGCUGUUUGCUCCGUCUACGUCCCGCAUAAUAGCCGGCCUGAUAGGCACUUUCUUUGCCGACUACAUCGAUCCUCGUCUGUCGCUCGCUUGGCAACUCAACUAUCUGUCGACUGAGGGGAAAUGGGAUGUCAAAAACUUGGAGAAGUGGAAAGCUGUCCGCCCCGUCUCCGAACCUAUCGCCGGAGUCUUUCGCGCAAUGAAGACGCUUCGGGAGGUCGACGAGGAGCACACACCAAAAGUACUUACCAGAACGUGGGCGGGCAAGCUUUGCGCAAUUAUCGACAUCUCGCACGACAACCCUGUCUACGAUCCAAAGGGACUAGAAGAAGGCGGCAUCCCGUAUCACAAGUUUCCUACAGUGUCAAAGCAACCCCCGCAGACUGCUGAGGUCAAGGAGUUCUUUGAUCUCGUCGACAAAAUCCGAGCCGAGGGUAGACCGGGUCUGAUUGGAGUACAUUGUCACUACGGCUUUAAUCGUACCGGCUUCUUCCUCGUAUCGUACAUGAUCGAGCGACUUGGCUAUAGGGUUGAGGACGUGAUCGACACCUUCCAGCAAGCUCGGCCACCAGGUAUCCGACACUCGCACUUUAUCGACGCACUGUACGUUCGGUAUUGUCAGGGUCUUAAGCGCGCCCCGACACUAUGA